AUUUAAUUAUCUUAAAUCAGACUUCCUUUUUUUAAUAGACAUGACAAAACAAGAAGUUUCCAUGCUGCAUGAAAGAACUCUUAUGCAUAUGUUUUCCAAAAACAUAGGAAGAUAUGAAAAUUAUGUUCCCAUCUCAUAUCUCUAUCGCAGUAAACCACAGCAGUAUUUUUGGAAUAUUUACAACAAAACCAACGGAAUCAUGUAUAAAUACAUAAAGAACUUUGGUGGAGACCCGUCAUCUUCACUGAAUAGAAAUCUCCAUGGCCUAUUCUUCAGCGCAAAUGUGAGUUCCACUACAGGAUUACCUCCAGCAGUAUCUUAUUAUGGAGACCAAAGAAUCCAUAUUCCUGUAAGUUUCAUGAUUAAUUCUGACAGGAACCUGUAUUUUGCCGACUUUUACUGUCAUUACACCAAGCAUCACGUGACACUUGUUGUAACUUUGAAAGGUACGGAUGCCGACUUAUUUUGCCGUGAAAGACUGCUUUCUCUCAACUCGAAAUUUAAUAAAUUUUUAUUUCGGCGACCCCAUGAAACUCAUGCCAUGGUUAGUACAAAGGUUACAGUCGAAGUGUUUUACACAGAGAGUAUCAAUAUUUUCGAAUUGUUAAACGACCGUGUAGCUUUUGAAUCAUUUGUACCACAAAAAGGUAAUGCUGCUUUGAAAACGUAUGUCGGUCUCCCUAAAAGAAAAGAUUGUAAAAUUUGUAAUUUGAAAACAAAUGAUUCAUAACAUUACAGCUGAAUUAUCAAUUAAGUAUUAUGUAAAGGAAAAUGUCUUAUAUUGUCAAUAUU